ACUCCGAGCUUGUGUUAAACCGUGCUGCUCCCGCAGCAGUUUCGUUUAUGCUGAGGGCGUUGUCACCGUCUGCAGAGUCCCCUCGUAGAGGGACUUGACCUUUCCGGUAGCCAAAAGUCCCUGCUCCCCACAUCACUCUCUCGGAUCUCUGCUGAAGAGAUAUGGUCGCCUCCACCCUACCCUAGAGGCCCUUCUCCCCAAAGGAGCAUUCCAGAAAACCCAGUUUUGCAGCUGAGAAGAGCCUGGAAUCCCAGACCUAAACCAGUGAGAAAUCCCGCUGAAUUAUGGGUAAGGCGCUCUCCAAGCUCACCUCUCAGAAGGAUGAGGAUAAGCCUAUCCUGCCUGAUAACCCAGCCAUUGCCAGCAAGGUUACCAACUACUUCAGCACUGAUAGCAGCAAGCCGGCACACUCCUAUGUGCCUUAUGAAAAGGCUGCUUGUACCAGCUUUGUGACUUGCCCUACCUGCCAAGGCAAUGGGGAGAUCCCCCAAGAGCUAGAGAAGCAGCUGGUAGCCCUCAUCCCUUAUGGAGACCAAAGGCUGAAGCCCAGACGCACGAAGCUCUCUGUGUUCCUGGCGGUGACCAUCUGCCUGCUGAUUUUCUCCCUCGCCAUCUUUUUCCUGUAUCCACGGUCCAUUGUUGUGCAUCCUGUAGGCCUCAACUCCUCCGCCGUAGCCUUCGAUAAAACUCACGUACAGCUCAACAUGACGAACGUCCUGACCGUCUUCAACAGCAACUUCUAUCCCGUCACAGUGACACAGCUGACGGCUGAGGUGCUCCACCAGGCCUCUGUGGUGGGCCAGGUUACCAGCAGCCUCCACCUACGCAUCAGCCCCUUGGCCAGUGAGCAGAUGUCUUACGAAGUUGCCAGCAGGAUUUUAGAUGAAAAUACAUACAAAAUCUGUACAUGGCCGAAAAUCAGAGUCCACCAUGUUCUUUUGAAUAUCCAGGGUUCUCUGACCUGCUCCUACCUAAGCCAUCCACAGCAGCUGCCCUUCGAGAGCUUCGAAUAUGUGGACUGCCGGGAAAACAUAUCAGUGCCCCACCUGGAGCUGUCUCACCCAGCCUGAUGUGUCUGCUGCCCCUGUACUCCAGGCGCCUGCAAGCUGGUCUGCAGCUCAGCUCCGUGGAGCUCAAGGGAAGCCUGGAGUGACUUUGCUUGGCCGUGCCUUCUUCCCCUACCACCCUCAGCCCAUGGUGCUUCUGUAGCAAUGUCAUAGUUCCUGAGUCCUCAGAUCCCCGGGAGUCACGUCUGAUGGAUCUCACCCAUGGUCUGUGUGGAGGAACAUCUAACUUGGCAUUAUCUUGGGACUGAGCAUGUUGGUUACUCAGCUCUACCAUGAUGGGUCUUCAGUUGCAAUGAAGAGAAAGCUGUGGUUUUAUCUAGACUUUGCAGCAUGGAUGUAUCUUUUUCAAGUUCUCUUCCCAGUAAUAGGUGACUUUUGGAAUAUGCAGUGCUGUUUCCAAGGCCGUCUUGAGUGACUAUAAAUGUUCUCCUAUGCUGUCUGCUUUGGUCAUAUGAUAAUGAUGAUAGACUACUUCUCUCAGUAAAUGGUGGACAGUAUAGUCCUCAUUCUUCCUGAUUUGGGAUACUAUCCCUGGUUUCCGGGAAGGCAGACUUACACCAUCUAAACCCCUUCUGUAUAGAUUAGCUCUAAUGCUAUCUUCACAGCAGAAGCCAAGUAGCUGAGGAGAAGCCAUCUGGUGUACCCUAGAGCAAAGGCAGAGCUAUUUGCAAAGGUAUUUAUUAAAGGAAAGUUUCUAAGCCCACAAUCAGAGCCUAUGUGAGGGCACAUAAGUAAAACAGGCAGUGGAGUAAACCAGGGGCUGUGUUCAAAAAGCCUAAAGGACUUUUGAUAUAGGAUUGAUAUAGGAGCUGUUGAUAUCAGGCCAAAGCUGUGGGGCUCUCAUGGAUUCUUUGCAUCAGGCCCACCCUCUGUUCCCAAGGCCUCUUCUGUCCUCUGGGAUGUGACUGUGAAGAGACACCAGAUUCACCAUAAUAUCCUUCCUUGCCUGUUACUACACUGGAGCCAAACCACAGGUAACUCCCAGUUUCUGACUGGACUCCAGGCGGAGAUGUGUGUGUUGCAGGAGAGCAGGAACCUGUGUUCUUGAAGCUAGCCUUUGCCCACACAGAUACGAAGGCAAAGGGGUGGUGUGUGCCAGGAAAUGGUGGUAACAGAACUGGCUAACUAGCCUGGGGCUACACAGAAGGAGAGGAAGUCUGUCUUCACCAGGCUUUUCCUCCUGGGUAGCCAGGGCUAAGGUGUACCAACAAAACAGAGACCCAGGGAAGUCAAGCUGAGAUUGAAGUGUAUACCAUCAAAUGUAAAAGAUUUCUAGCAAUAAAUUGUUAUUUAACUGUGCUGAAAGGAAAAGGGGGAUUCCUGGACAGAAAAGAGAGGGGCUCUGGUGUUCCACAUCUCACAAAGCAUCUGAUUUUGUAUGUGUAUGUUUGUGCACAUGUGUGUGGAGGUCAGAGCACACCGUUGGGUGUUGUUCUUUGGGUACUGUCUUUUUUUUUUAACUGUUUUUUUUUUUUCUCUCUCUGUGGAGUCCUGGCUGUCCUGGAACUCACUCUGUAAACCAGGCUGGCCUCAAACUCAGAAAUCCGCCUGCCUCUGCCUCCCAAGUACUGGGAUCAAAGUCAUGCGCCACUAUGUUUUAUUUUGAGACAGAGUCUCACUGUGUAGUCCUGGCUAUCCUGGAACUCACUAUGUUGGCCAGGCCUACCUCUGCUUCCCCAGGGCUGGGAUUAAAGGUGUGUGUCCCUGUGCCGGGCACUAUCUUUAAGAAAAGUCACGUUCCAGGGUAGCUAGUUGUGCCCACCUCCCUAGUGUGGGUCUCAGCAUGUGCCACCAUGCCCAGCUUUCCUUACAGGAUGAUUUAGUCGUUUUAUUCCUGCAACAAAAAUACCUGACCAGGCUGGAGAGAUGGCUCAGUGGUUAAGAAUACUGACUGCUCUUCUGAAGGUUCUAAGUUCAAAUCCCAGCAACCAGCAACCACAUGGUGGCUCACAACCAACUGUAAUGAGAUCUGAUGCCCUCUUCUGGAGUGUCUGAAGACAGCUAUAAUAUACUUACUUAUAAUCAAUAAAUUUUUUUUUUUUUGGUUUUUUUCGAGACAUGGUUUCUCUGUGUAGCCCUGGCUGUCCUGGAACUCACUCUGUAGACCAGGCUGGCCUUGAACUCAAAAAUCUGCCUACCUCUGCCUCCCAAGUGCUGGGAUUAAAGGUGUGUACCACCACUGCCCGGCAAUAAAUAAAUCUUACCAAUAAAAAAUUACCAUGACCAAAAAGCAA